AUGGAGCGUGCGUUCUUAACUCACGCCCCUACUCUUUUAUGCCCACUUCCAGUGACUCAUCCCUGUAUCUGGGAGCGAUGCCCACACGCCUUCCCGGAGGGCUUCUCCGCCAGGGUUUUUUGGGGGGAUGCUGACAUAAAGUUUCACGUGCUCUGUCCACCAAGCGCCCUCCCUCCCGUCGCACUUACACCUGAACUUGUCUCCAGCACUGCGGACACCCGGCUGACACAUUCCUUCGGAGAGGGAGGGCAAGACUUUUCUCCCGAGCCUCUGGUAACUCGUGGAGUCUAUAUAAGGCUCACGGCCGGCUCUUCUCGGCUACAACUCCCCCUUCCUUCCUGGAGCACCAGAGCCUUACUCUCUCAGUCCCCCGUCGCCACCUCCGUCCCCUCCGCAGCCGCCGCUCCAGCCGGCCCAGCCGGCGCUAGCGCUCGCGGCCCCGGGCUCCGCUGGACACCCGUCUUCUUCCUCUCCCUCUUCCCUAGCUCUGGAUUGAUUGAUGACCACCGGCGGCCAGUGACUCUGACACCACGCCAUCCUUGGUCGGGCAUCACAGCCCCACGUCCCCGACGUCAGCCUCCCGGGAGCGUUGGCAUCCCCGAACCCACAGCGUGGAGCCCGAGCCCCGGGCCGCCGCCGCCUCCCAGCUCUACGCCAGGGCGCUGCCAGGCUCCUUUCCCAGAGCGCCGGAGAAAGGAAGGGAGGGAAGCCAGCGAGCGUUGGAAGGGGGUGUGGAGGCCACGAGAUCUCCCCUUCUUUUGAAAUCUUUUUUCACUUAAACUUUUGCUUGUUCCCCCCUCGACCUGUUUGUGUUUGUUUGCAGCAUAUCAGAUCAAUUACACAUUUUUCAUGA